GAUUUUUUAUGUUGCUAUUGACAAAAUAUGUGUGGAGAUGGAUCACCGCUUUAGUGAACGAAGUAACAUUGUGCUUAGUUCUUUCUCAUGUCUUGACCCCAAGAAUUCUUUCUCCAAGUUUGAUGUUGAUAAACUUGCUCGUCUUGCUGAUAUUUAUCAUGAAGACUUUUCUAAUAAUGACCGUGGAACAAUAAGGGAGCAACUUGAGACAUAUAUAGUUCAUGUUAGAAGACAUGUAUCAUUUUCUACUUGCGAAGAUGUUCAAAGUUUGGCUUUGAAGAUGGUUCAAACUGAUAAACGUUUCGUAUUUCCAUUGGUCUACAAACUUAUUGAGCUGGCUUUGAUAUUACCGGUGUCGACAGCAUCCGUUGAAAGGGCUUUUUCAGCAAUGUCGAUUAUUAAGAAUAAAUUGCGCAACAAGAUCAAUGAUGAGUGGUUCAAUGACUUGAUGAUAUGUUAUACCGAGCGGGAGAUAUUCAAGUCACUUGAUGAUAUUGAUAUUAUCCGAUCCUUCACCGCAAAGAAGUCUCGGAAAGGGCAUUUACCUCCUAAUUUUAUGUAGUAUACUAUUGGUAUGUUAUAUUUUAUCCCUCUUAUUUGACUCAUGUUUUGUUGGUUUUUUCUAGUUUUUUUUUUUGUUUUAACUCAUGCUAUCCAAAAAAAUAUUGUGGUUAAAAUUGUGCCCAAGCUCCGCUAUAAUCCUGGC